GUUGGCGUUAGAUAUAUUCAGUACAAAGCUAAUCAACCUCAGUUCGUCACACAAUCUCAGCUCAAAGCCAGCAAGUACGGUAUAGUAGUGUACGAGAGUAAACUGUUAGCAGACCACAACGCCCCACGUGCAAUAAGAGCCUUUAUCAUGUACAUGACAGUGUCACUGCCUAUCGUGUGUUUUAUUGCGUACUGUGAUCUGGUGUUGCGGAAUGAGAAUAGCUUUGACAUCACGGAAUGGUAUAAAAGAUCGGGUAUAUUGAUACUUAUUCUUAUAGGAGGUCUCAUCUACGCUAAAUACCAAUCCAAAAGGUCGAUAAAAAGAUUGUAUUUUAAUCGGAAGGAGAAGAAGAUUUAUAUUGAAUCGUUUACCGGUCUGUGUAAAGAGAAAACGUACGGACCAUACGACCCAUCAAUAGGAGUUAGGCGAAUAACAACUGCCCAGAAUAAGCAUGGGUUUCAUACUCAAGAACAUUUGAUAUUUCAAGGGCGACCUUUAACUGCAAGGAGUAUGAGCCGUAAAGAGAUUGUGAAUGAAACUGUCAAAGGAAUGUCGGACUUGAAAUCUCCUCAUGCUAUUAUCACACAAGUGGAAGGGCACGAUAUGGGUAAUAGAGAGUUCAGAAUAGAAGUAGAUGGUACUAAUAUGAAGGAAAAGAAACUGUACUCCCAACUCUUCAGAAUACACCAGCAUACUGAGCCUGAGGAGGAGAAGAAAAAAGCGAGACAUUUUGAUUGACUCCUUACCCUAGCUACAUGAAGGCAUUUUAAAACAUUUGUCUCUGCAGUAUUAGCUUGAUCAGUUCCUUUUUAUUGUUGAACUGAGCCUUUUUAUAUAUUGAUAACAGGAAUUGUGAUUUUGAUUU